UGACAUUCCACGCUCGCCAGCGUGCGCCACGCCAGCACUACGCACCAUCGCCACCACCGACCCGCAUCGCCCUUCCUCCCCACCUCUACUCCUCCUAGCAUCAUCGCGCUCGCAUGCGUCUGCUUCCAUGAUCCCCCCUCCCCCCGAUCAGCGAGCUACAGAAUGCAUCCCGUCUCGCCGCGCCCCUCGCUGCCGGCGCACCUCUCCUUUCAACAGCCCUCGUCCGCUGACCAUGCAACCCGUCGACCGUCGUUGAUGAAGCGCCAGAGCAGCCAGUCCUCCCACAACUCCAGGCAUGCCCAACUGAGCCCCAGCUCGACGGGCGAGUGGGAAAGCCAGCCCGCCCGACACCAUGUCAAGCCUGCGCGCAAGACCAAGAUUGUCCUCCCUAGAGCGCAUGGCAGCGCGCGCAAUCUGGCCAAACUGGCGCAACAGGCCCCGCUCCAUACCCCCACCACCGAAGAGCCGCGCCGGUUAUCGCGACCCCGACUACCCAAGGACAGCGAUUCGGAAAUCCGACUUCCUCGCAGUUUAGAGGAUCAACGCAUCCCCCCCUUGAGGCGCAACCUCACCGCACACCAGCUGCCGCGCAACCUCUCGCACACCAAGCUGAAGAAGAACCUCUCGCACGGCCAGCUCACCAAGCUUGCCCUCAACUCCACCGCCAACAGGAGACCGUCGUCUCCUGUUGGCAAGAUACGCAAUAAACGCCCAAAGUCUGCAGACAUGGCCGGUCUGGAGAAGGACCUCCAUCAGCAGGAGGUGGAACUCGCGCAGCACCAUCAAGACCAUAGACAGGCCUUCAAAAAGGUGGACUUUGCCGUCGGUAGUUCCGACGGAGGUAGCGACGCAGAAGAUCUGCCACAGAUGGAGGGCCAAGGCUUGCAAGAGGAUGAAUGGACGGAUCAGAGUACGAGCGCAAGCCCGUACAGCACGCGACAAAACACAGCCAACAACUCACGGAGGGCGAGUGUGGUGGCAGAGAGGCCGCUGGACAGGAAGGCCACGUCCAACGCAGCCAAAUCACAUGAUUACAUCUCACAUCAAGCGCAGCAGUCGAAGCGGCGCCAAGCUCCGCCAGAAGUCGAUGGUACUCCCGCACAGGGCUACGAUAAUGCAGACGAGGCUGUCGUCGAGGAUGAUGUGCCCAGUCCACAGUCGACACCGUUACCCCGGGAGGGGGAUAUGAAAGAUGGUGCAGCGCAAAAGAUCGAGCCGGCCGAAGCGGCGCUGAUUACAAGGCAGCCACAAAUCUCCUUCUCAGGAGGGACAAAAGAGCCGCGAAACCCCGCGGAGCGACACCUCUUGGCGCGCAGUAAUAAUAAUCCCGCGCCUGCUCUGGUGAGCAACAUUAGCGCACUAAAUGCACGUCGCGAUCAGGGAUCGCCAGCGCAGUCCAUGGCAUCGGCACCGUCUCGCACAGCUGGCGAUGAGCCGCUUGAUCCCGAGCAAGAGGAGCUGGUAUCACGCUUCGUGCCGAGCGGAUCGCACCCGUCGGGAGGGAGUGGUGCAAAUACCACAUCAACCACCCCCAAGACUGGCAGCAUCCACACGCCUGACAGUGACAAUAUGCCGGUGGAACGGCACAAAGACAGGGGCUCGCCAAGCUUUGGCAUUGGGCCAGUCACACCCGACUCGGCGCCAUCGCUGUCGUCCAGCGCACAAACGCCGGGCUUCUGGCGAUCGCGGAAUGAAGAGCGCAUGAUGAAUGAGAAGGCGAUCGCGGAGAUGGAAGAUGCGGGCAAGAUGGCACCGAUCAUCCCGGCGCAUGUCUUUGACCGACGAAACGAGUCGCUCAAGUCGUAUCUCAACCUCGCCGCGCUCGGAGGCGACAGUCGAGGCGGGCUCUCGACCCCCACCGGCCUGAGCAUGGGCCCGGAGAUCUUCCAAGGCCGCUUCAAAGCCGUCAACACGGAGCUCAAAGUUGUCCAGCGCUUUCGCGACCCCGUCGGCGAGUCGGUCGCGCGACUCUUCCUCUGCAAGGAGAGGGAUAUGGGCAAGCUGCGGACGAGCAAGGCAUCGCCGGCGAAGCAACAGGCGACGAAGCUUCGCGUGAGCAAGUCCAGCACUACAUUGCCCCGACAAGCCAGCAGGCUAGCAACAUCAACGUCACCGCCAGAGUCACCCAGCCCCCACAAGCCGGCGAUGACCAGCGCAAAGAGUGCGACGAGCCUCAAGCGCAGCGAUAGUCGUCCGAGCAAGGUCACGUUCUCUCAGGCCAGUCCCACGAUGCGCGACAUGGGCGACGAGGCGGAAGGGCAGGAUGCGGACGCGAUUGCGCGGCAGCUGUGGGAGAAGAUGACAGCGUAGGAAUGUGGUGUAUGAUCUAGACCCUCCCAUCGAAGUGGCUUGGAGACCGGCACGGCGGAGCUUGUUACUGCUGCUUGGUCCGGCGUGAGUUGCUACGAGUGCGGCGUAUUACUGGGCGACUGUACAUAUUUGCCAUCCAUUGCUAGCCGGACAGCCGUUUGGAAGUUUGUUGUGAUUGCAUCAGAGCACGCAUCCGGCGGAGGCCGCGGAAUCGUGCAGGGCAGGAGAUAUAUUGUAUGUGUGUAAUGUCAAGGAUUGGAUCGCAUCGCCUACUUCCAACGCGCCGGGCAGGUGCAAAGUGCCUGCAUAUUGCACUCUGACCGCAUUCGACGAUCUCCGGCCACCACGUGCGGACGACGAUGGCAGCGUUGUAGUGCCGUUGGUGCCGUCGGG